CCGGCUUUGAGCAGCAAUUGAGCCCGGGGAGUUGUCACCGGCCUCUAAUUAUUCCCCCUUGAUGUUUUACUUUUCAUGAAAUAUGCUUGAAUGAUAAAUCAUUUUGUGUUUUUUGUUCAGUUCAGUGCCAACCACGACGUCUCGAUAAAAGACUAGGAUUUUUCCCCACGAUGCUUCAAGCUCGGAUGGCCCUGACGGGCCUCCGUCUUCCUUUCCGAUGCCUCCCUUCGCUUUCGCUUCCCGCUCGGGCUUAUUCGACAACUAUAAAUCAGACGGAGAAACCCCCGCAGCAGGAAUCGAACCCGUCCAACUUCGACCCCAGCAUUGCUUUCGCUCCCCCGCCGACACGCGAAGAUACCGGCGUCCUCCUUCGAUCGUAUAAACCGCGCACACCUGGUAUCCGACACUUGCGGAGGCCAGUUAACGAUCAUCUGUGGAAGGGCCGGCCUGUUCAAAAACUGACAUUCCCCAAACGUGGUCAUGGUAAGGGUGGUCGUAACCACACCGGUCGAGUGACCAUUCGGCACCGUGGUGGUGGUCACAAGCGCCGUAUCCGUACCGUUGAUUUUUCCCGAAUCGCCCCUGGACCGCACCUAGUGGAACGGAUUGAGCAUGACCCUGGACGCAGUGCCCAUAUCGCUUUGGUCCGCAGUCAACAAACCCAGAGGCUGAGCUAUAUUCUCGCCGCAGAAGGAAUGAGGGCCGGUGAUGUCGUUCAGAGCUACAUGUCUGGUAUCCCAAAGGACCUUUGGAAGAGUAUGGGUGGAGCUGUGGAUCCUGGUGUGCUGGCGGCCAGAACGGCUUGGAGAGGCAACUGCCUACCAUUGCAUAUGAUCCCCGUCGGUACACUCGUUUUUAAUGUUGGGUUAUACGCGGCCAAAGGUGGUCAGCUGUGCCGCAGCGCUGGUUCUUUCGCUACGGUUAUCGCCAAGGGUGGUGAUUUCCAAGGAAGGGCAAACGACACCAGCAGAACCCAGGCCGGAGGGCCGGGAACAGAGGAGGAGAAGAAGCCUUUGUCGCAACGCGAGAAACAAAAGAUUGAGCGUGCUACUCAGCAUGUCACCAUCCGUCUUCAGAGCGGUGAAGUUCGACUCAUCCACAAAGACUGCUGUGCCACAGUCGGUGUCGCCAGCAACCCCAACUACCAGUACAGCCAGUUGGGUAAGGCUGGACGAUCGCGCUGGCUCAACAUCCGUCCGACUGUUCGUGGCCUGGCUAUGAACGCUGCGGACCAUCCUCACGGAGGUGGACGAGGAAAGUCCAAAGGAAAUGUCGACCCGAAGAGUCCUUGGGGUAUUCCGACAAAAUCAGGAUACAAGACUCGUCCCAAGUGGAAGGUCAACAAGGCUGUUGUCGUCCCGCGUGUUCGCAACCAAGGCAAGCGUCGCAGAGGAUACAGCUAAGGAUUUGCCCUAUCGUUUCACUUUUCUUGCUCUUCACGACUGUUCGACUCAUACCAUUUCUCUCUUUGCAGCUACUCUUGGGCCGGGCGCAAAGGCUAGAUUGUCCAUUUUCCGCUUUCUUGUACUAUAUCUUCACGCAACAUUUGAAAGGGACUUACGUAUAUGAAGUUUCCGUCUGUAAAUUGCAGAAAUCAGAAGUGUAUUGCUAUUUCUUUCUGGCUCCCCCUGUAAAGAGAAGUAGGGUACAAAGGACAGCAAUGGCG